UGGGAUUGUAGGCGUGCACCACCAUGCCUGGCUAUAAAGGCAUCAUUUUGAAGAGUCAAAUGGGCACCAUGUCCCGGCUCCAGAACCAGAACACCAUCCAGGAGCUGCUGCAGAACUGCGCUGACUGCCUGAUGCGGGCUGAGCUCAUUGUGCAGCCGGAACUGAAAUAUGGGGAUGGAAUCCAGCUGUCUCGGAGUCGGGAGCUGGACGAGUGCUUCGCUCAGGCCAAUGACCAGAUGGAAGUCACGGACAGCUUGAUCCGGGAGAUGCGGCACAUGGGCCAGCCCUGUGAUGCCUACCAGAAAAGGCUGCUUCAGCUCCAGGAGCAGAUGCGAGCCCUUUACAAAGCCAUCAGUGUGCCGCGGGUGCGCAGGGCCAGCUCCAAGGGCGGCGGAGGGUAUACCUGUCAGAGCGGCUCGGGCUGGGACGAAUUCACCAAGCGCAUGACCAGCGAGUGCUUGGGGUGGAUGAGGCAGCAUCGGGCGGAGAUGGACAUGGUGGCCUGGGGUGUGGACCUGGCCUCGGUGGAGCAGCACAUCAACAGCCACAGGGGCCUGCACAACGCCAUCGGGGACUACCGCUGGCAGCUGGACAAGAUCAAAGCUGACCUGCGUGAGAAGUCUGCGAUCUACCAGUUAGAGGAGGAGUAUGAAAACCUGCUGAAAGCAUCUUUUGAGCGGAUGGACCACCUACGGCAGCUGCAAAACAUCAUCCAGGCCACAUCCCGGGAGAUCAUGUGGAUCAACGACUGCGAGGAGGAGGAGCUGCUGUAUGACUGGAGCGACAGGAACACCGACAUCGCGCAGAAGCAGGAGGCCUUCUCUAUACGCAUGAGCCAACUGGAAGUCAAGGAAAAAGAGCUUAAUAAGCUUAAACAGGAGAGUGACCAGCUUGUCCUCAAUCAGCAUCCAGCUUCAGACAAAAUCGAGGCGUACAUGGACACUCUGCAGACACAAUGGAGUUGGAUCCUGCAGAUCACCAAAUGCAUUGAUGUUCACCUCAAAGAGAAUGCUGCCUACUUUCAGUUUUUUGAAGAGGCCCAGUCGACCGAAGCUUACCUGAAAGGCCUGCAGGACUCCAUCAGGAAGAAGUACCCCUGUGACAAGAACAUGCCCUUACAACACCUGCUAGAGCAGAUCAAAGAGCUCGAGAAGGAACGAGAGAAAAUCCUUGAAUAUAAGCGUCAGGUGCAGAACUUGGUAAACAAAUCCAAGAAGAUUAUACAGUUGAAACCUCGCAACCCAGACUACCGCAGCAAUAAACCCAUUAUCCUCAGGGCGCUAUGCGACUACAAACAAGACCAGAAAAUCGUGCACAAGGGGGACGAAUGCAUCCUGAAAGACAACAACGAGCGUAGCAAGUGGUACGUGACGGGCCCAGGGGGUGUGGACAUGCUGGUUCCUUCCGUGGGACUGAUCAUUCCUCCUCCGAAUCCUCUGGCCGUGGACCUCUCUUGCAAGAUCGAGCAGUACUACGAAGCCAUCCUGGCCCUGUGGAACCAGCUGUACAUCAACAUGAAGAGCCUGGUGUCCUGGCACUACUGCAUGAUCGACAUCGAGAAGAUCAGAGCCAUGACCAUCGCCAAGCUGAAAACCAUGCGACAGGAAGAUUACAUGAAAACCAUAUCUGACCUUGAGCUGCAUUACCAAGAGUUCAUCAGAAACAGUCAAGGCUCCGAGAUGUUUGGUGACGAUGACAAGCGGAGAAUGCAGUCUCAGUUCACGGAUGCGCAGAAGCAUUACCAGACCCUGGUCAUUCAGCUGCCUGGCCACCCACAGCACCAGACAGUAACCAAAACGGAAAUCACUCAUGUAGGCUCCUGCCAAGACGCCAACCAUAAUAAAAUGAUUGAAACCAACAGAGAAAAUGACAAGCAAGAGACGUGGCUGCUGAUGGAGCUCCAGAAGGUUCGCAGGCAGAUCGAGCACUGUGAGGGCAGGAUGACCCUCAAGAACCUCCUGCUGACGGACCAGCCGUCCACACACCACAUCACGGUGAAAAUCAAUGAGCUCAAGAGUGUACAGAAUGAUUCACAGGCACUUGCUGAAGUGCUCAACCAGCUUAAAGACGUGCUGGCUAACUUCAGAGGUUCUGAAAAAUACUGCUACUUGCAGAAUGAGCUAUUUGGACUGUUUCAGAAACUGGAAAAUAUCAAUGGAGUUACAGAUGGCUACUUAAACAGCUUGUGCCCGGUGAGAUCACUCCUCCAGGCCAUCCUGCAGACAGAGGACAUGCUGAAGGUCUACGAAGCCAGGCUCACCGAGGAGGAGACUGUUUGCCUGGACCUGGAUAAGGUGGAAGCUUACCGCUGCGGACUGAAGAAAAUAAAAAAUGACUUGAAUUUGAAGAAGUCGCUGCUGGCCACCAUGAAGGCAGAACUGCAGAAAGCCCAACAGAUCCACUGUCAGACUUCACAGCAGUAUCCGCUUUAUGACCUGGACCUGGGCAAGUUCAACGACAAAGUCAUCCAGCUGACAGACCGCUGGCAGAAAAUAGACAAACAGAUAGAUUACAGACUGUGGGACCUGGAGAAACAAAUUAAGCAACUGAGAAAUUAUCGCGAUAAUUAUCAGAAUUUCUGCAAGUGGCUGUAUGAUGCCAAGCGCCGCCAGGAUUCCUUAGAAUCCAUGAAGUUUGGAGAUUCCAACACAGUUAUGCGGUUUUUGACUGAGCAGAAGAAUUUGCAUAAUGAAAUAUCUGGCAAACGAGACAAAUCAGAAGAAGUGCAGAAGAUUGCUGAACUCUGUGCAAAUUCAAUUAAGGACUACGAACUCCAGCUGGCAUCAUACACCUCUGGGUUGGAAACUCUGCUAAAUAUACCUAUCAAGAGAACCAUGGUCCAGUCCCCAUCUGGGGUGAUACUGCAAGAGGCUGCAGAUAUGCAUGCUCGGUACAUAGAACUGCUUACAAGGUCUGGAGACUAUUAUAGAUUCUUAAGUGAGAUGCUGAAGAGUUUGGAAGAUCUGAAGCUGAAAAAUACCAAGAUUGAAGUUUUGGAAGAGGAGCUCAGACUGGCUCGAGAUGCCAACUCAGAAAACUGCAACAAGAACAAAUUCCUGGAUCAGAACCUGCAGAAAUACCAGGCAGAAUGUUCCCAGUUCAAAGCGAAGCUGUCGAGCUUGGAGGAGCUGAAGAGACAAGCGGAACUGGAUGGAAAGUCUGCAAAGCAAAAUCUAGACAAGUGCUAUGCCCAAAUCAAAGAGCUCAACGAGAAGAUCACCAGAUUGACUUAUGAGAUCGAAGAUGAAAAAAGAAGAAGAAAGUCCGUGGAAGACAGAUUUGACCAGCAGAAGAGUGACUAUGAUCAACUGCAGAAAGCCAGGCAGUGUGAAAAGGAGAGCCUUGGUUGGCAGAAACUAGAAUCAGAGAAAGCCGUCAAGGAGAAGGAGUACGAGAUAGAAAGGCUGAAGGUUCUGCUGCAGGAGGAGGGCGCCCGGAAGAGAGAAUAUGAAAAUGAGCUGGCAAAGGUAAGAAACCACUAUAAUGAGGAGAUGAGUAAUUUAAGGAACAAGUAUGAAACAGAGAUUAACAUUACGAAGACCACCAUCAAGGAGAUAUCCAUGCAGAAAGAGGAUGAUUCCAAAAGUCUUAGAAACCAGCUGGAUAGACUGUCAAGGGAGAACCGAGAUUUGAAAGAUGAGAUUGUGAGGCUCAAUGACAGCAUCUUGCAGGCCACCGAGCAGCGAAGGCGUGCUGAGGAAAACGCCCUUCAGCAAAAAGCCUGUGGCUCUGAGAUCAUGCAAAAGAAGCAGCACCUGGAGAUUGAACUGAAGCAGGUUAUCCAGCAGCGAUCGGAGGACAAUGCAAGACACAAGCACUCCCUGGAGGAGGCUGCGAAGACCAUUCAGGACAAAAAUAAGGAGAUCGAAAGACUCAAGGCUGAGUUUCAGGAGGAGGCCAAGCGGCGCUGGGAGUAUGAGAAUGAACUGAGUAAGGUAAGAAACAGUUACGAUGAGGAGAUCAUUAGCUUAAGAAACCAGUUUGAGACGGAGAUCAACAUCACCAAGACCACCAUCCACCAGCUCACGAUGCAGAAGGAGGAGGACACGAGCGGCUACCGAGCUCAGAUCGACAAUCUCACCAGAGAAAACAGGAGCUUGUGCGAAGAGAUCAAGAGGCUGAAGAACACUCUAGCCCAGACCACCGAGAAUCUCAAGAGGGUUGAAGAAAACAUCCAGCAGCAAAAGGCCACAGGCUCGGAGAUGUCGCAGAGGAAGCAGCAGUUGGAGAUCGAGCUGAGACAGGUCACCCAGAUGCGCACAGAAGAGAGCACGCGGUACAAGCAGUCCCUUGACGACGCUGCCAAGACCAUCCAGGAUAAAAACAGGGAGAUAGAAAGGUUAAAGCAACUGGUAGAAAAGGAAACAAGUGAACGGAAAUGCCUGGAAGAUGAAAACGCGAGACUGGAAAGGGUCCAGUAUGACCUGCAGAAGGCCAACAGCAGCGCGACCGAGGCCAUAAGCAAACUGAAGAGUCAGGAGCAGGAGCUGACACGCCUGAGGAUUGACUAUGAAAGGGUUUCCCAGGAGAGGACCGUGAAGGAUCAGGACAUCGCCCGCUUCCAGAGCUCCCUAAAGGAGCUGCAGCUGCAGAAGCAGAAAGUGGAAGAGGAGCUGAGCCGGCUGAAGAGGACGGCCUGUGAAGACUCUUCUAAGAGGAAGAAGCUGGAGGAGGAGCUGGACUGCAUGAGGAGGUCUUUGAAAGAGCAGGCCAUCAAGAUCACCAGCCUGACCCAGCAGCUGGAGCAGGUGUCCAUUGUGAAGAAGAAGAGCGAGGAUGACCUCCGGCAGCAGAGGGACGUGCUGGACGGCCACCUGCGGGACAAGCAGAGGACCCAGGAGGACCUGAGGAGGCUCUCCUCAGAGGUUGAGGUCCUCAGGCGGCAGCUGCUCCAGGAGCAAGAAAACGUCAAACAGGCUCACUUGAGGAAUGAGCAUUUCCAGAAGGCCAUAGAAGAUAAAAGCAGAAGCCUCAACGAAAGCAAAAUAGAAAUCGAGAGGCUGCAGUCUCUCACGGAGAACCUGACCAAGGAGCACCUGAUGCUGGAGGAAGAGCUACGGAACCUGAGGCUGGAAUAUGAUGACCUGCGGAGGGGCCGAAGUGAGGAGGAGAACGAUAAAAGCGCAACCAUCUGUGAACUAAGGAACCAGCUGCAGAUCAGCAACAACCGAACCCUGGAACUGCAGGGCCUGAUUAAUGACUUACAGAGAGAGAGGGAAAAUUUGAGACAGGAAAUUGAGAAAUUCCAAAAGCAGGCUUUAGAGGCAUCUAAUAGGAUCCACGAGUCAAAGAGUCAGUGCACUCAGGUGGUGCAGGAGAGAGAGAGCCUUCUGGUGAAGAUCAAGGUCCUGGAGCAGGACAAGGUCCGUCUGCAGAGGCUGGAGGAGGAGCUGAAUCGCCUGAAAGCCACCCUGGAGGCAGAAGGGAGGGUGAAGCAGAGACUGGAGAGUGAGAAGCAGCAGAUCCAGAAUGACCUGAAUCAGUGGAAGACCCAAUAUUCCCGCAAGGAGGAGGCCAUUAGGAAGAUAGAGUCAGACAGAGAAAAGAGCGAGAGAGAGAAGAACAGCCUCCGCAGUGAGAUCGAAAGACUCCAGGCCGAGAUCAAGAGGAUUGAAGAGAGGUGCCGGCGCAAGCUGGAAGACUCCAGCAGGGAGACUCAGUCCCAGCUGGAAACAGAGCGCUCCCGGCUUCAGAGGGAGUUCGACAAACUCAAGCAGCGCCCAUAUGGGUCUCAUCGGGAGACGCAGACCGAGUAUGAAUGGACUGUUGACUCCUCCAAGCUGGUGUUUGAUGGGCUGAGGAAGAAGGUGACAGCAAUGCAGCUCUAUGAGUGCCAGCUGAUUGACAAGACGACUUUGGACAAACUGCUGAAGGGGAAGAAGUCGGUGGAAGAGGUUGCUGCUGAAAUCCAGCCUUUCCUUCGGGGUGCAGGAGCAAUCGCUGGAGCAUCUGCGUCUCCUAAGGAAAAAUACUCUUUGGUAGAGGCCAAGAGAAAGAAGUUCAUCACUCCAGAAUCCACAGUCAUGCUUCUGGAGGCCCAGGCGGCAACUGGUGGGAUCAUUGACCCCCACCGGAACGAGAAGCUGACUGUGGACAAUGCCAUAGCCAGGGACCUCAUCGACUUCGAUGACCGCCAGCAGAUCUACACGGCAGAAAAAGCCAUCACUGGCUUUGAUGAUCCGUUUUCGGGCAAGACAGUAUCUGUCUCAGAAGCCAUUAAGAAGAAUUUGAUUGAUAGAGAAACUGGAAUGCGCCUGCUAGAAGCCCAGCUUGCCUCGGGGGGUAUAGUAGACCCCGUGAACAGUGUCUUUUUGCCAAAGGAUGUCGCCUUGGCCCGUGGGCUGAUCGACAGAGAUUUGUACCGAUCCCUGAAUGAUCCCCGAGACAGUCAGAAGAACUUUGUGGAUCCAUUCACCAAAAAGAAGGUCAGUUAUGUGCAGCUGAGGGAGCGGUGCAGGAUCGAGCCCCACACUGGUCUGCUCUUGCUGUCGGUCCAGAAGAGAAGCAUGUCUUUCCAGGGAAUCCGACAGCCAGUGACCGUCACAGAACUAGUGGAUUCUGGCAUAUUGAGACCAUCCACUGUAAACGAACUGGAAUCAGGUCAGAUUUCUUACGACGAGGUUGGCGAGAGAAUUAAGGACUUUCUCCAGGGUUCGAGUUGCAUAGCCGGCAUCUACAAUGAGACCACAAAACAGAAGCUUGGCAUUUAUGAAGCCAUGAAAAUUGGUUUAGUUCGUCCCGGUACUGCCCUGGAGUUGCUGGAAGCCCAGGCAGCCACUGGCUUUAUAGUGGAUCCUGUGAGCAACUUGAGAUUGCCUGUGGAGGAAGCCUAUAAGAGAGGUCUGGUGGGCAUUGAGUUCAAAGAGAAGCUCUUGUCUGCCGAACGCGCCGUCACUGGUUAUAAUGAUCCUGAAACUGGGAACAUCAUCUCUUUGUUCCAAGCCAUGAACAAGGAGCUCAUCGAAAAAGGCCAUGGCAUUCGCUUGUUGGAAGCUCAGAUUGCCACAGGUGGGAUCAUCGAUCCCAAGGAGAGUCAUCGCUUACCAGUCAACAUAGCGUACAAGAGAGGCUAUUUUAACGAGGAGCUCAGUGAGAUUCUCACAGAUCCAAGUGAUGACACCAAAGGGUUUUUUGAUCCCAACACGGAAGAAAAUCUUACCUAUCUGCAACUGAAAGAAAGAUGCAUUAAGGAUGAGGAAACAGGGCUCUGCCUUCUGCCCCUAAAAGAAAAGAAGAAGCAGGUGCAGACAUCACAGAAGAAUACCCUCAGGAAACGUAGAGUGGUCAUAGUGGACCCGGAAACCAAUAAGGAGAUGUCUGUUCAGGAGGCCUACAAGAAGGGCCUCAUCGAUUAUGAAACCUUCAAGGAACUGUGUGAGCAGGAAUGCGAGUGGGAAGAAAUAACUAUCACAGGGUCAGAUGGCUCCACCCGAGUGGUCCUGGUAGACAGGAAGACGGGCAGUCAGUAUGACAUCCAAGAUGCCAUUGAUAAGGGCCUUGUUGACAAGAAGUUCUUUGAGCAGUACCGAUCUGGCAGCCUUAGCCUCACCCAGUUUGCUGACAUGAUCUCCUUGAAAAACGGUGUUGGCGGUAGCAUCAGCAUGGGCAGUGGUGUCAGUGAUGAUGUUUUUAGCAGCUCCCGACAUGAAUCAGUAAGUAAGAUUUCCACCAUCUCUAGUGUCAGGAAUCUAACCAUCAGGAGCAGUUCUCUGUCCGACCCCCUGGAAGAAUCGAGCCCCAUUGCAGCCAUCUUUGACACUGAAAACCUGGAGAAAAUCUCCGUCUCUGAAGCUAUAGAUCGGGGCAUUGUCGAUAGCAUCACUGGGCAGAGGCUUCUGGAGGCUCAGGCCUGCACAGGCGGCAUCAUCCACCCCACCACUGGGCAGAAGCUAUCGCUUCAGGAUGCGGUGGCCCAGGGUCUCAUCGACACAGACAUGGCCACCAGGCUGAAGCCUGCUCAGAAAGCCUUCAUUGGCUUCGAAGGUGUGAAAGGAAAGAAGAAGAUGUCGGCAGCAGAAGCAGUGAAGGAAAAGUGGCUCCCGUACGAGGCAGGUCAGCGCUUCCUGGAGUUCCAGUUCCUCACCGGUGGUCUCGUUGAUCCGGAAGUGCACGGAAGGAUAAGCACGGAAGAAGCCAUCCGAAAAGGCUUCAUCGAUGGCCGAGCAGCUCAGAGGCUGCAAGACACCAGCAGCUAUGCCAAAAUCCUCACCUGCCCCAAGACCAAGUUAAAGAUAUCCUACAAGGAUGCCAUGAAUCGUUCCAUGGUGGAGGAUGUCACUGGGCUGCGCCUCCUGGAAGCUGCCUCGGUGUCUUCCAAGGGCCUACCUAGUCCUUACAACAUGUCCUCGGCCCCCGGCUCCCGCUCUGGCUCCCGCUCAGGCUCCCGCUCCGGCUCCCGCUCGGGCUCUCGCAGCGGGUCCCGGAGAGGAAGCUUCGAUGCCACAGGGAAUUCUUCCUACUCAUACUCCUACACGUUUAGCAGUAGCUCUAUUGGCCACUAGUAGUCAGGUGGUUGGUAUACCUUGGAUUCAUUUACAUGAGUGUCUAGUUUAAAAAUGCCUGCACUGCAGCAAGUAGAAUUUUUCUGUGCUUAAAACAUAGCCAUGGUUAGACUAGAAGAGUAAAGGUUUUCUGGCAUUUUAUCUUUUUAGCUUUGUAGUCCUCUUUGAUGUAGUUAUAUGAAGUGAUAAUCACUUGUAAGGAUAGCACAAAUUGAACUUAGAAUUUGUUUUUUGUCUUCUGUGUGUAGUAGAUUUUUUUUUUUUUUUUUCUUUUUUGGGGGGCCUAUAAGACAGAUUUCUAUCUUGGAGAUGUCUAUCCUAGAGAUAAAAAUUAAAUCAAUCUGCUAUUUCAGUCAUUCUGUUUUCAUCUAAUAUUUCCAUUUUCUGCAUUAGGAGAAAAUUAUCCAUACACCUG